CCCGCUCGCGGCCGCGUGGGAGCAGUGGGGCUCGACGGCGCGGCCGCCCGGAAGCCAUGGCAGCGCAUGGGAAGCUGCGCCGGGAGCGGGGGCUGCAGGCCGAGUAUGAGGCACAAGUGAAAGAGAUGCGCUGGCAGCUGAGCGAGCAGCUGCGCUGCCUGGAGCUGCAGGGGGAGCUGCGGCGGGAGCUGCUGCAGGAGCUGGCCGAGUUCAUGCGGCGGCGCGCCGAGGUGGAGCUCGAGUACUCCCGGGGCUUGGACAAACUGGCAGAGCGCUUCUCCGGCCGCGGCGGCCGCCUCGGGGGCAGCAGCCGGGAGCACCAAAGCUUCCGGAAGGAGCCGUCCCUCCUGUCGCCCUUGCACUGCUGGGCCGUGUUGCUGCAGCAAACGCGGCAGCAGAGCCGGGAGAGCGCGACCCUCAGCGAGGUGCUGGCCGGGCCCCUGGCCCAGCGCCUGAGUCACAUCGCAGAGGAUGUGGGGCGCAUCGUCAAGAAGAGUAAGGAUCUGGAGCAACAGCUGCAGGAGGAGCUGCUGGAGGUGGUGUCGGAGCUUCAGACGGCCAAGAAGACGUACCACGUGUACCACAUGGAGAGCGUGAAUGCCGAGGCCAAGCUCCGGGAAGCCGAGCGGCAGGAGGAGAAGCGGGCGGGUCGGAGUGCCUCCGCCACCAGCACCACUGAGGCAGGACCCCUCCGCAAGAGCUCCCUCAAGAAGGGAGGGCGGCUGGUGGAAAAGCGUCAGGCCAAGUUCUUGGAGCACAAACUCAAGUGCACAAAGGCGCGCAACGAGUACCUGCUCAGCCUGGCCAGUGUCAAUGCUGCCGUCAGCAACUACUACUUGCAUGACGUCAUGGACCUCAUGGAUUGCUGUGACACAGGAUUCCACUUAGCCCUGGGGCAGGUGCUCCGGAGCUACGCGGCUGCCGAGAGCCGCACCCAAGUCUCCCAGAUGCAGGGCCUGGGCAGCCUGGAAGAGGCCGUGGAGGCCCUAGAUCCUCCAGGGGACAAGGUCAAGGUGCUGGAGGUGCAUGGAGUUGCCUUCUGUCUCCCACAGCGUUUUGACUACCACCCCCAUGAGGGAGAUGAGGUGGCUGAGAUCCGGCUGGAGAUGGAGCUGCGGGACGAGAUUCUGCCCCGAGCCCAGAAUAUCCAGAGCCGCCUGGACCGACAGACCAUCGAGACAGAGGAGGUGAGCAAGACCCUGAAGGCCACACUGCAGGCCCUGCUGGAGGUGGUGGCGUCGGAAGACGGGGAUGUGCUUGACUCCCUCCAAGCCAGCCCCUCCACCCCCUCCACCGAGUCCCUCAAGUCCACCAGCUCGGAUCCAGGCACCCGGCAGGCUGGCCGGAGGCGGGGCCAGCAGCAGGAGACGGAGACCUUCUACAUCAUGAAGCUCCAGGAGUACCUGAGUGGACGAAGCAUCCUUGCCAAGCUGCAGGCCAAGCAUGAGAAACUGCAGGAGGCCAUUCAGCGAGGUGACAAAGAGGAGCGGGAGGUGUCUUGGACCCAGUACACACAGAGAAAACAGCAGAAGAGCCGCCACCCCCGCCCCAGCUCCCAGUAUAACCAGAAACUCUUCGGGGGAGACAUGGAGAAGUUUAUCCAGAGCUCAGGCCAGCCCGUGCCCCUGGUGGUGGAGAGCUGUGUCCGCUUCAUUAACCUGAAUGGCCUGCAGCACGAGGGCAUCUUCCGGGUGUCAGGCGCCCAGCCCCGGGUCUCAGAGAUCCGUGACGCUUUCGAGAGAGGGGAGGACCCACUGGUGGAGGGCUGUACAGCUCACGACCUGGACUCAGUGGCAGGGGUGCUGAAGCUCUACUUCCGGAGCCUGGAUCCCCCGCUCUUCCCACCGGACCUGUUCCGAGAGCUGCUGGCCUCUGCAGAGUUGGAGGCUGUGGCCGAGCGGGUGGAGCGCGUUGGCCGUCUCCUGGCCCAGCUGCCCGCACCAGUGCUGGUCGUCCUGCGCUACCUCUUCACCUUCCUCAACCACCUGGCUCAGUACAGCGACGAGAACAUGAUGGACCCCUACAACCUGGCCGUGUGCUUCGGGCCGACACUGCUGCCCGUGCCCGCCGGGCAGGACCCCGUGGCCUUGCAGGGCCGGGUGAACCAGCUGGUGCAGACUCUCAUCGUGCAGCCCUCCCGGGUUUUCCCACCGCUGACCCUGCUGCCCGGCCCCAUCUACGAGAAGUGCAUGGCACCGCCCUCCUCCAGCUGCCUAGGGGAUGCCCAGCUGGAGGGCCUGGUCGGGGAGAACGAGCCGGAGCUGGAAGCUGGGACCCUGGCCCAGGAGGAUGACCUGGAGGGGGUCGUGGAGGCCGUGGCCUGCUUUGCCUACACGGGCCGCACAGCCCAGGAGCUGAGCUUUCAGCGCGGGGACGUGCUGCGGCUGCACGAACGGGCCUCGGGCGACUGGUGGCGGGGCGAGUGCUCAGGCGCCCGGGGACUCAUCCCGCACAAGUACAUCACGCUGCCCGAGGGUGCAGAGAAGGUGGGCCAGGGGCCGCAGGCGAGCAGUCCCGAGGUCCUCCUGGCCAUGGAAUUCGUCCAUCGGCCAGAGCCAUGCACCCCACCUGAGGCCCCUCUGGGCACACCCGGGGGCCCCUCUGGGCACAGACGGCACUGCUUGGUCCCCACCUCCCCGGAGCGGUAUGUGGAGGUAGACAAGGUGAGAGCCAGGACUGGCCGUGUGGCAGAGAGCAGGGCAGGGGGGCACCUCUCCUGGGGGGGUCUCUGCCUCCCCCUAGGAACCAAACUCUUUCAUCCCAAGGUUCAAGUCUGA